UUUAAAGAAUGUAUUCUAGCGAAACUAUUGAACCACGAAGCGUACGAUCGGUUAUUGGAAGUGCAAAUGGACGGUCUUCACAAAGAGGAAAAUGGCAUAGAUAGGACAACUAAACGUUCUUACAGCCCGAGCAAAGAUCAGUCUAAUGACGAUCUAAAAACCAAAGCUCGAAAAGUUGAGAGUGAAUCGAGUAUAGACAAAUACCGUGUGUACGAGACAGAUCAUUCUCAUGAUACAAUAUCUCGUAUAAAACUUGAACGACAAUCGGGUGAUCAAGGGUUAUAUAAUGUUUUGCAAGAAGAACACGAUCAUAGUAGAUAUGAUCGAUUAGGGAAAAAGGGGGGUUUGAUGACUGCUUACAUCAAUCCUGCAUUUAUUCAAAAUUCAAACGCCACCCCUAUACCUGCACAACCCAAUAGCAAUACCACACUAACAUCUAAAAUUUCUCGCUGUCGUCAUUGGCCUAAUUGUGAUCUUGGUGUUCAAUGUAAAUUUCAUCAUCCAACAGAAAUUUGUCCACAAAAUUCAUUUGGCAAUGGCACAGGUGGGCAAAUAGCCUUUGGAAAUCGUUCGGUUGAUCCAAGUUCUCUCGGAUUUGGCCCAAUCGGACAAGAUCCAAUGAAUCAUUUCGUAGUUGGACAGAGCGUGGGAGGAUUUAGCGGAAUGGGACAGAAUGUAUUCGGACCUAAUUCAUUCAGUCAGAAUAACAUUCAACAAAGUUCAUUUGGAACUAGUUUAUAUGGUAAAAAUUCUCUUAAACAAGGUGUUCCUAAUAAAGUUGGAUCUGUACAAGGGUUAAAUAUCCAAGGUCAGCGUGAUAUAGAACAGAAACCUAAAUCUGGUGCUGGAUCCGUAAAUUCGACAACUUCUAUCACAACAGUUAAUACGAUCGCUUCAAUCACUACUACUUCUAGAAAUAUUUCUACAGGGACGUCUUCUCAGGAUGCGGACGUUACACCAUUACCGCAAAGUUCCCAAGCUCUUGCAGUUUUAUGCAAAUAUGGUGAACAUUGUGCGAAUCCUAAUUGUAUGUAUGCACAUUCUAGUCCUGCAGCUGUUGGGACUGGUACGGUACCAUCACCUAUAUUGGAUGUGCCUUGUAAAUAUGGAACUGA